AUGGGCUGGUUCAGUGACGACUCCGAUCAGGCUCAGGCCUACAACACCUACAACGGCCAGCAAGAGCACGAUCCUUCCGUGAUCCACGAGCUGAUCGCCGGUGCCGCCAGCUACGAGGCCGCCAAGGCCUACGAGAACCACGUUGCUCAGAACGGCGAGCCCGAGAGCCACGCAAAGGCCAAGGAGAUCCUGGCUGGAUUCGCUGGUGCCUUUGUCGACCGUGAGGUUGAGACCAGAGGAUUGGACUUCUUUGACAAGGAGAGGGCCAAGUACCAGGCCAGAGAGCAGGUCCACGAGGCUUAUGACAACAACGGAAACCAGUUCUAG